CUCACUGGAACAGAACAGACGGGCACAAAGAAGAGUGUGGGAAAGUGUUAUGUAAUUCAGGGAGUGACUAGGAGACUGCUGAAGCCUAGUAGGUGAGAGUGAAUAAUUACCAAAAGGGACGGGUCACACCGGGACCUCAGAUCUGCGAAGGACGCCGACGACGUAUCUCAGCAACGUUCUUCAUUCAACGCGGGCUGUCAAGAUGAAUUCCACGUCAUCCGAAUGGCGUAGACGAGAUUUGGUGAACGUCCGAGGAGUUCCCAUGAUCUGCGCUUUCGCCCACAAUUUGGAUGAGAUUACCGAUCGAUUCCAGGCCAGGGAUGACGACAUCGUCAUAGCCACCUACCCCAAAUCAGGUACAACAUGGAUGAGUGAGAUCGUGGAUCUGGUCCUCAAUGAUGGAGACAUCGAGAAGAGUCGGAGGGGCGCCAUUUUCCAAAAGGUUCCGAUGCUGGAGUUCCGCGUCCCAGGGGAGGUCCCACCAGGGAGUGAAAUAUUAGAAUCUGUACCCUCCCCGAGAGUGAUUAAGACUCACCUACCAGUACCGCUCUUCCCAAAGUCAUUGUGGGAUAAGAACGUCAAGAUCAUCUACGUGGCGAGGAACCCUAAAGAUGUAGCCGUGUCCUUCUAUCAUUUCGAUAAGAUGAACCAGCUGCACCCAGACCCGGGAACCUGGGAGGAGUAUGUAGAGAGGUUCAUCCAAGGAAAUGUCGGUUUCGGCUCCUGGGGAGCUCAUGUAAGGGAUUGGUGGAAUCUGAGGCAGCAGAAGAACAUGCUGUACGUAUUCUACGAGGACAUGUUGGAGGAUCCAAUUGGCGAGAUCCAAAAAGUUGUCAAGUUUUUGGGGAAAGACUUCUCCGAAGAGGAUGUGGAUAGGAUUUGUCAGCACACGUCUUUCAAGGCAAUGAAAGAGAAUCCCCUUACUAAUUACACAUCUCUCUCUUCUACCAUCAUGGACCAAUCCAUCUCACCGUUCAUGAGGAAAGGAAUCUGCGGCGAUUGGAAGAACCAUUUCACAGUGGCCCAGAGCGAGAGACUGGAUGAGUAUUACCAGAGAGAGAUGUCCGGAGCAGACCUAACCUUCCGCUUCUAGAAUCAAUGGUUCAUGUUCCACGGAUUACAGCCAAACUGUGACCCCCAAUCAAUGACACAAGACCAGGACAGAAUCUACACCGGGAAUCUCGAUUACGGUUUAUAUUUCCAGACUUUCGAUGAUGGUCAAGAGAGAAAAAUGUGGACACCACAAAUGUGAUUUGUAUGACUUUUUGUCUUAUUGUUUGGCCUUCGUUCCAGAAAGCUGAAGAACUAACAAGCAGAUGGUCAAUGGAUGAAUAUGAAGAUGCAUUUAAUGACAA